CUUAUAACCUCUCACUUAUAAUUGAAGAGGAAUACCACUAGACCGUAAUACUGAGUGGCCACACUAACCUAAUAACUUAGAAAUUUUUUAUAUAUAAGAGUAUGAAAAACAUAAGCAAAAAUGUAUCGUGAAGUAUGAGGUUGGAUCACGGAUAGUACAGGAGCCAUGACACAAGCAUGCAUAACCAAUUCCUUAGAGUUGGUUAAGCGUGCAAGAAUAUCAAUCCUAAUUCCAAGUUGGCUAUAAUUAAGCAAUUAAAAUAUCAAUCGAUUUUGAGUUAGUCUGUUAGGCAAGAGAGAAGGAGAUCAUGGAUACCAUAGCAACAAGGUGGAGGCUUCUUGGUGGCGAAACUGAUUGGGAGGGUCUACUUGACCCUCUCGACAUUGAUCUCCGUCGCUGUAUCCUUCACUAUGGCGAAAGAGUUGCCACCAUUGGCGACUCCUUCAUCAGCGAUCCAAGAUCGAAGAAUUGUGGACUUCCCCGUUACACAAAGACACAUUUGUUCUCUAAGGUGGGAUUGGAGAAUUCUAAUCCAUACAAGUACACUGUGAAUAAAUAUAUAUAUGCAGCAACAGAAUUUUUACCCGGGAAAUCGAUCUGGUUAGGUUAUGUGGCGGUAACAACGGAUGAGGGAAAGGAGGUGUUAGGGAGGAGGGACAUUUUGGUUACAUGGAGAGGAACUGAACUGGAUGCAGAGUGGGGUGUUGACUUACUGUUCGAUUUAGUGUCAGCUUCUGAUAUUCUGGGAGACAAGUAUGAUCCUAAGGUGCACCAUGGUUUUCAUUCCUAUUACAAUUCUGCCGACCCUGAAUCUCCAUACAGUAAAACUAGUUGUAGAGCACAGGUUUUAACUGCAAUUAAAGAAGUGGUGGAUCGAUACAAGGAUGAGGAAAUCAGCAUAACUGUUUGUGGCCACAGCAUGGGCGGUGCAUUUGCAAUUUUAAAUGCUACAGACAUAGUUUGUAAUGGGUACAACAAACCUACAGACCGUCCAGACAAAGCCUGUCUUGUUACAUCCAUUGUGUUUGCUAGCCCUCGUCUUGGAGAUCAAGGUUUCCACAACGUAUUCUCAAGUCUUCACAAUCUUCACGUUUUGCGAGUCACAAAUAGCUACGAUAUAGUCCCUUAUUUACCACCGUUAGAAAAGUAUGUUGAUGUUGGAAAAGAGCUGAAAAUUGACACUCUUAAGUCGCCCUAUUUGAAGAAUGCAAAAAAAGACGCGCACCGUUUGGAGAUUUACUUACAUGGAGUUGCAGGAACACAAGGGCGAAAUGGUUUUCAAUUGGUAAUCAACCGUGAUAUUGCAUUAGUAAACAAAAAGUUGGAUGGUCUAAAGGAUGAAUAUAAUGUAAUUGUUAAUUGGUGGACUGAGAAGAACAAGUCUAUGGUUCAAAUGGAUGAUGGCUCUUGGGUGCUGUUGGAUCAUGAAAAGGAUGAUGUUUAAAGGGCCUACAAUUUGAAUAAAUUUGAUGUAAAGUAUAGUUUG